AUAAUGGAAUGGUUUCUCUUGCAACGAUUGGGAACAGUGAUUGGAAAAACAUGUCAAAUAUAUUAAACAGACAUGAAAUGUCACCUAUUCAUAAAAAAUCAUAUGAAGAUUGGAAAGAAUUAGAAACAAGAUUUAAAUGUGGAAAAACUAUCGAUGACAUUAAUCAAUCAAGUAUAAAAAAUGAAACGGAAUAUUGGAAAAAUAUAUUAAAACGAAUAAUAGCCUUAAUACUAACGAUCAGUAAACAGAAUUUGGCUUUAAGAGGAAAGUCAGAUACACUUAACUCACAUGAUAACGGAAACUUUUUAAAAUUUAUUGAAUUUUUAUCAAUGUUUGAUCCCAUUAUGAAAGAACAUAUAAGGAGAAUAUCAUCAGAAGAAAUUCAUUGUCAUUAUUUAGGAAAAAAUAUUCAAAAUGAAGUUAUUCGAUUACUGGCCAAUAAAAUAAGAUCUCAUAUCUUAAAUGAGCUUAAAAAUUCGAAAUAUUAUUCUAUAAUUUUAGAUUUCACUCCAGAUUUAAGUAAUAUUGAGCAAAUGACUGUGAUAGUCAGGUUUGUAACAGCUAUUGAAUCAACCACAAGUAAAAAAGAACACGUUUCUAUAAAUGAACAUUUUAUUGAUUUUAUAGAACUACAUAGCACUACCGGUUUAAAUAUGACAGAAGUUAUUCUUCAAAAACUUAAGGAAAUGGAUAUUCCUAUAAGUGAUAUGAGAGGUCAAGGUUACGACAAUGGUGCUAAUAUGCGUGGACAUAAGAGUGGUGUUCAAGCAAGAAUUCGAAUUAUAAAUUCAAGAGCUUUCUAUGUUCCGUGUAAUGCACAUUCUUUAAAUUUGGUGUUGAAUGAUUCGGCCAGUUGUUGUUUAGAAGCUGUUUUAUUUUUUAAUACAAUACAAGAGACUUAUGUAUUUUUUUCAGCAUCAACACAGCGUUGGGGUAUACUUUUAAAACAUGUUAAACACUUAACUGUUAAACUGUUAAGUCAAACACGGUGGUCCAGUAGAGUUGAUGCUAUUAGAGCAAUGAGAUUUCAAGUUGGUGAAAUUUAUGAUGCGUUAAAAUAUAUAAUAGAUGACACCUCACUUAUUGGUGAAACUGGAGUUCGAAGCCGUGCUGAAGCUAAAGGUAUAGCUUUGAAAUUAAAAAGCUUUAUUUUAUUUCUUUACAAUAUAUCUAGUACUGAUAAUUAUGAAUAUGUAAUGAAAUGCUGUAAAGAUCUAGAAAUUGCACUUACAUCAGAUGAUUCAUUAAGUUCUGACAUCAAUGCUAUUGAACUUUGUGAAGAAAUAAUCGCAUUGCACAGACGUUUAAAAAAGGAAGAGAGUGACCCACAAGCGAUUUUACAAUAUAUAUGCAAAAAUAAAUUAAUAGAAAUAUUUCCUAAUGUUUACGUGGCAUUGAGAAUUUUGCUAACUAUACCAGUAACUGCAGCUUCAGCAGAAAUAAGCUUUUCUAAAUUGAAAAUUAUUAAGAACUAUUUACGUUCAACAAUUUCACAAGACCGUUUGGUAGGACUAGCAACAAUUUCAAUUGAACAUGAAAUCGCUGACAACUUGGACAUUGAUGAUCUCGUAAAAGAUUUUGCAGCUUUAAAAGCACGAAAAUUAAAUUUUUAAGUUGAUGUUAAAUGAAUAAACAUUUUAUUUUAAAUAUGUGUAAUUUUACUAUUUUGACCUAAUAAAUAUACCUACUAUUAUGUAGUUGCAGUAUACACUAUAAAAGUUUUACUUUAGUUCUGAUAAAAAAAAAAAAAUGGCACCUAUUUAUUUGGAAGAAAAAUGAUUAGACCACAGGGGCUGCAAAAUUGAGUUUUGCCUACGUAUAAAAAGUCACUAGGGCCGGCCCUGUCGACAUCGGCGGCGAAAUAGUCAAAAAGUUAAUUGUAAUGUCACAAAAUUCUAAGUUACGCCUGCCCAGCUCUGGCAUCCGUUAUUGUCUCGUCUUUGCCACCGUACGAGUGGGUGCGUGUCUUUAUGUACGAGAUUUUAAAUUUCGAAAACGAUUACAUUUUACAUUACGAUAAAUUGACAUUGGGCGAAAACAAAAACCUACCGUGGUUGAUCGGCGACGAUUACCGAGAUUCUAAUUAUUUGUCCGUCAAACAACACGAGCGCGAAUAUAUCUUAAAAAAUUACGAAAUACUUUUUAGUUAUCUUACAAAUUUGUUAGACAACAAGCACGCUAAGUCCCUCCCCCCACAUGGUGACACACCAUUAGUUACAAAAAAAAUCAUUGUUUAUUGACAAAAUAAAUAUUAAAUAUUAUUUAAAAUAGAAUCACAAAAUAUAAUAUGGCAUAUUAUUAUUCAUUAUCAUUUGAUUACAAACUAUACUUAUUAAUCUCACUGACUCAGAUACAGAUAAUAUUAUAGAAUAAUAUUCUGUUUUGUCAAUAUCAAUAUUAUGUUUUAAGUUAUAAUUUCUUUUGAAC